CGAGUUCAAGCGCGAACUCUCAUCUUCAAGACCUCGAAUCUCGGAAUUGAUGUCGUGGAUCUCUUUGUCCCACGAAGCAGAUUUUGCUCGCUCCUUAGCUUGAUGCAGGUGCGACUGAAUGUCUUCGAUGUUGGCCUCAAGCGCCGCUUGGAUACCUUCAUCCACGUUUAUUUCAUCAAGCUUUCCUUGAUAGGUGGUCGAUUCUUUGUCAUUUGUAGCUAUCUGUCGCCUAGCAGCGUUCUUGGUUUCCUGCAAGGCCGACUUCUGCUGUGCAAUAUUGUUCAGAGCCGCUUGCACUUCGCGCAGCUCACCUUGUGCUUCCCGCUUGACCCGGUCUAGGGUCUGAUUCUGGUCUUUCAAUAACUUUCUGACCUUUCUCAUGAAUUCAUCAACAUCACCUUGGUCCUGAAUGUUGUCAAACCCCCGAAUAUUGUUGGUACGCGCGAUGUCUUUGGUCAUCCUUUGUCUCCGUUCAACUUGCCGCUCAAAAUUGGCCUUGUCAUUCUCAAACUUGCCGUAUUCUGCCUGCUUGAUACCUAGCUUUUGCCGCGUUCGCUCGAUUUGCUCUUUGAUCUCCAUGUAGUUCUCCUUUUGAGCCUCUUCUUGCUGUCCAUACUGAAGCUGCUUGGACUCGAACUGUUCCAAAUUUAACUGCAACCAUUCGUCCGAAUCAUCAAGCUCGACGAGGUGUCUUUUCAAA